AUGGCAUUCACGCGAACAGUCACCUUGUACGGUGCGGAGCUUUCCUCUUUCCUUGCAGCAGGCGGGCAGACUGUUGAUCCAAAUGCACCAGUAGCGACACCGGAUUCAUUCAAUGCUUUGAACUUCCCCGUCGCUGUAUCAUCCACCAGUACGCCACUUGCAGUCAGGCCAGCAGCAGUGACAACAACCCCUGUGGCCAUCCCAUCCAACAGGGUCGUCACGCUCUCUGGCGGCCCAUCCUCUAGCUCUCGUGCUGCGCUGGUGGUCGUUUCUACGGCAUCGCUCGCUCCACCAGUGGUGAGAAGUGCAUCCAGUUCGAGCACGACGCGAGCACCUACGACCACAGCUGCUGUACGCUCCACAACGGCAUCGUCUUCUCGAAGGCCCAGUGCAUCGGCGUCUUCGGCAGCUAGCUUGCUGAAUGGGAAGAAGCAAUCCAGCGGGCUUUCGGGCGGAGCAAUCGCCGGCAUCGUCAUCGGCGUGCUUGCAUUGCUUGCACUCCUCGCAGCUGCACUGCUCCUCAUUCGAAAACGCAAGAAGGAUAAGCGUCACCGAGCAGCAGCCAUGAACGAGAAGCGUAACCCUCGACAAGCAGAAAAGGGAGCCUACCGGCUUGACGAAACAGAGGUUCCAGGCGGCGGCUUUGACUUUGGCCCACUCGUUCCUAUUGCCGGUGGUGCAGGCUUUGGUGCCGCUGCUGCUGCACCCUUUGGCCGCAAUUCGCCACAACGUAGUGCUUCGCCUGCCUUGACGCUGGACCGAGCAGCUGUAUUGGGUAUUCAGCGACCAUUGACGCCCUCUGCCGUACCACCACCUGGUCAUCCUGGCAGUGCACGUACCUCGCCACCCUUCGGUGCUCAGCAACAAGGCUUCAUGCCACCGCAGCCGCAAGCACCUUAUCCCCGCAACGCUUCACCAAUGGGUCAGAUGCGUAUGGCUUCAGGCGCUGCCAUGAUGCCUGUGGGUAGUAUUCCUCAACAACAGCAACGCGGCUUUGCACCUCAAGGUCAGCAGCAGAUGCAGCAGGUGCAGCAGAUGCCAAGGAAGCCUGUUGAGGCGGCAAACCCAUUCGCUGAUGGCGUGCACAACUCAACCAGCAUGUCGAGCAUGACGGCACCGAUGGAAGAACGCUCCAUGAUGCCUGCCGCAGCUGCUGCCGCUGGUCUAGGCGCUGGUGUGGUUGCUGCAGGCGCUGCCGUCGCACACCACUCUGACAAUGACGCGAAGCGUAUGAGUGCCUCUAGCUUUGCAGCUGGCGAUGAUUCGCUCGAGGAGUCUGUGCCUGCUGUUGCAGAGCGUGCUGAAUCACCGAGCGAACCCUUCAAGAAGCACGAUUCAGGUGAGUUGCCUGCCAGGUCAAAUUCUGUGAUUAAGCCUGUCGAGGCGACGAAUGACGUUGAUGUUGCUCCUGCUCUCGCUCAUGCUCCCGUUGCUGCUGCUCCUGCUGAGAAUGAGUCAUUGGCCCCUACAGAGAAUGGGCCGGUGCGUACAAAGUCGGUCGCUGCUGCAACAGACAACUGGGCGGCACGCAAGGAACACUUGAAGAAGACCCUUGCCUCGUCGCAACACUCUACUACUCCCAAGGCCUCGCCUGCUCAACAACAAGAUCCAUUUGGUGACCAUCACGCAACGCCUCCGGCUAUCAAGACAUCACCGGCAUUGCAAGACACACCAGUCUUGUCACCUAUGGACUUUAGCUUUGCAACACAACUAGGUGAGGAUGCAACAGAUGCGCCUGGACACGCGUGA